UCACACAAAAACACGCAAACGCACCUUUCCCUCCAACACUCAAAAAAACCUCUCUUUCUCUCUCCGCCCUUAUGAUGGAUGAUCCGAGCACCGCUCAUGGCUUCCAAUUUCAGCUUCUGCAUUCUCAUCCUCAUCCUCUCUCACACCACCAUUCCUCUUCUUCUCCUUCCAAUCCCCACCUCUUUCCUUCUUCUUCUUCUUCUUCCUCUUCUCCUCUCAGACCUCACUUUGUCGCUCCUCCUUCCAAUCACAGCCAUCAUCGCCUCUGCGAUUUCUCCAAAAACUCUCAGUUGGUGCAAUCGAAUGUAAAGUAUGAGGCUCAGAUCUGGAGCCCAGCUGUAGCAGGACAAAGCAAAGUUAACGACCCUGCUGCUGAACGAAAGCCUUCUGGACUUGGAACGUAUAACAUUAAGUCAAAAGUUCCAAAACAGACCAAAAUUGGAUCUCAAAGAUUGAAAGUUGAGUGUCUUAAUGGAUUGAGCCCGUCUAUUAAUUGCCGUUACGACAGUUCUUUAGGCUUGUUAACCAAGAAAUUUGUCAAAUUAAUUCUUGAGGCCGAGGAUCGAACUCUUGACCUGAACCACACUGCAGGAGUAUUAGAGGUUCAAAAGAGAAGAAUAUAUGAUAUUACAAAUGUUCUUGAAGGAGUAGGAUUGAUAGAGAAAACUUCGAAGAACCAUAUUCGCUGGAAGGGAUACGAUGGAUUGGGGCCAAGUAAACUGAUUGAUGAGAUUGCUGGGUUAAAGGCUGAAGUUGGAAGUUUAUAUGCGGAAGAAUACAGGCUUGAUGAGGCUAUAAGGGACAAGCAAGAUCGUCUAAGGGCCCUGGGGGAAGAUGAAAACUGUAAAAAGUACCUAUUUCUAACGGUGGACGAUAUUUUGACUCUUCCAUGCUUUCAGAAUCAAACACUGAUUGCGAUAAAGGCUCCAACAGCAAGUUAUAUCGAAGUUCCUGAUCCCGAUGCAGAUAUCAGUUUUUCCCAAAGGCAAUAUAAACUAAUUGUUAGAAGCUCCAGGGGACCGAUUGAUUUGUACUUGUUGAGCAAAUAUCAAGGCGCACACGAGGAAGCAACAACCAAGCAAUCUAGCAAGAAGAGUUCAUCUGUAAGGGACGGUGAAGGACUCUCUUUUGAUCAUCAGGGUAAUCAAAAGGUAUCCUCUUUUAGCCUCGGUUCACUUGGAUCAAAAGCAUCAGGAAUUCAGAAGAUAAUUCCGGCAAAUGUUGAUGCGAAUGAUGAUUAUUGGUUUAGAUCGGAUCCGGAAGUCAGCAUUACGAAUCUGUGGGCAAAUGAGCAGUGCAUGGCGCAAUCAGACUACACAUUUCAAGACUGCUGUAUAAAAUAGGGCAAGACUGGAUCGGUGACAAGUGAACACCGUGCAUAAUUUGAAUAGGAGAAUGUAGUUGAAGGUUACGGGUAACAUGAAGAGGGCUUCUAAUGUUUUCUUCACAUAUUGAUAUGCCAAUUGUACAGUCAAAUGAUCUUUUUUCUCCUCUUAAUCUUAUCAAUAGUGACUAUAAAGUUCAGACAUUUAUAUUGGUUCCCUGCAAGGAAUAAUGUUUCACUCAUUUUGGCUUUUUUUCAAUUGAGUGAAAUAGCUUAAAUGCUUAUAUUGACGCUGAAGUCUGUAAUACCACUGUCGCAUUGAUAAGGUGUUACAAUACCGAUUCUAAAGUUGGCGUAA